AUGCUGCAGUUAUUCGUUUACGGUCCAGGACUAGGCUUACCAAGUUUAGAUCCAAGUUGUUUAGCAGCAAUUUUGUACUGUUCACUUGCUGUUCCUAAGGAUGAGUUUGCGAUUUAUCAGACCGCAAAUGCCAGUAUGAGUCCGACACAAAAGCUCCCCGCUUUAUGGGACGGACGUGCGUGGGUAGGAUCGUUAAAAAACGUUUUAUUUUAUUUGAAACAAAAAGGAUACAAUUUGGACAAUCAAUUAGACAAGGAUGCCCUCAGUAAGAUUAACGCCUUUUCCUGCCUUUUAGAGAGAAAUGCUUAUGAUCUAUGGCUCUUUAAAGCCUACGUAUGUGAAGAUAAUUAUGUUCGUGUCAUGCGUCCCGAGUGGUCCAAGGUGCUCGGAUUCCCUUUCAACUAUAUGACUCCUAAUGCGUUUCAAAAACAUGCAAAAGAACGCCUAAACUUAACACUUGGAAUUAAUGAAGACAAACUGUCUUAUGAAGCUUCAAAAAUGCCCAUCUCCCAUAGAUGGACAAACGCCUCCCGCCAAAAGCAAGCACUGUUACAAGCCCAAGCUUUUCGAAUCAGAAUCUCUUCUCUUGCUCGACAUCUUUAUGGCUCUUUGGAACUACUAGUAGGAGAUUCUGAAUUUUUAUUUGGCGAACAUCCUACCUCUCUUGAUUGUCUCCUCUAUGCGUUUCUCUCUUUUCAUACCCUUACCGAAAACUUUGAUCAAUUAACCUUACGAAGCACAAUGCAAUCGUCCGCACCAAAAUUAUUUCAUUUGCUAGAAUCCUUAAAAACAAAAUGGUUUCCGUCUAAUGAACAAGACGGCUUGCUUUCCAGCGUUUCCAUCGAAAAGCAACCUCAAAACCUUCUAGCUGUAGCACGAGUUGCAUGGAACAAUGUGUCUAAAAAAAUUCACGAAACCAAGAAUUCAUUUCAGAAUGUUUCUAUUUCUUCUGAAAAGCAAUUAUCGUUGGCUAGAAAUGGGUUUUUCAUCCUAGCUUCCACCUUUGGUUUUGUUUGGUUCGUCUUAGCAAAUGGCAUAGUAGUCAUUGAGAGUGAGGAAGACGUAGAUUUGGAUACUUCAAGAGAUGAAUCAUCCUCUGCUCUGGAUACUGACGUUCGCUCCAGAGAAGUAGAGCAACGUUUGGAUGACAAUACCAGAGACGAAGCUCCUCCAGAGGCAGAAGAAAUAAAUGCUUCAUCUAUGUCAGCAGAAGAUCUUUUAUUUGGUUUUGAAGGCGAAAAUGAAGACGAUGAUGGUGACUGGGAAGAGGAGGAAAUGGAUGAUGAAGAGGAAGAGGAUUUCGAUGAAGCUGAUGCUGAUAUAGCUUGA